GUUGAUUUUCAGGUACGGCGGAGAUGAAAGACAUGAGACCAGCACGGCCGAAGAAUUUAGCGACGAAGACGGUGGCGUGGCCUUGAGCUUCAGGGCUCUCAAUCCACUGUAAACACGGCCGGAGAAUACAGUCAUUCCAAGAUUGAAAAUCUGCCAGCACCAUGGCUCCACAAUAUGGUGCAAGAUUGGUCUUUCCUAUUGACGUGAAGAAGAAGCCAUGGGAGCAGAAAGUCCCGCUCCACAACCGGUGGCACCCAGACAUACCCCCGGUAGCAGAGGUAACGUCCGGAGAGCUUUUCCGAGUUGAGAUGGUGGACUUUAGUGGGGGUGGAAUUACACAAGACAACACUGCAGAGGAUAUCAAACAUAUAGAUUCUUCUAUUGUCCAUUAUCUCAGCGGACCGAUCAAAGUUCUAGACAGGGAGGGAAUUCCGGCCAAGCCAGGUGAUCUCCUAGUGGUUGAAAUAUGCAACCUGGGUCCACUCCCUGGUGACGAAUGGGGAUACACAGCAACAUUUGACAGAGAAAACGGAGGAGGAUUUCUGACUGAUCAUUUUCCUUGUGCAACCAAAGCUAUUUGGUAUUUUGAAGGAAUAUAUGCCUACUCUCCUCAUAUACCAGGGGUACGAUUUCCGGGGUUGACUCACCCUGGAAUAAUCGGAACUGCACCAUCAGCAGAACUCCUAAACAUAUGGAAUGGACGAGAAAGAGAAGUUGAAGAAAAUGGCCUAAAUUCUUUCAAACUAUGUGAAGUCUUGCAUUCUAGACCACUAGCAAAUCUUCCGUCAACAAAAGGGUGUCAUCUUGGCAAGAUACAGAAAGGAGCCCCAGAGUGGGAAAAGAUUGCCAAUGAGGCAGCAAGAACAAUCCCAGGCAGAGAGAAUGGGGGAAACUGUGACAUCAAAAAUCUUAGUAGAGGUUCAAAAAUAUACCUUCCAGUAUUUGUAGAAGGAGCAAAUUUUAGUACUGGUGAUAUGCACUUUUCUCAGGGCGAUGGUGAAAUUUCAUUCUGUGGGGCAAUUGAGAUGAGUGGUUUCCUAGAACUCAAGUGCGAAAUUAUAAGGGGCGGAAUGAAAGAGUACCUUACACCAAUGGGGCCAACACCUCUUCAUGUGAACCCAAUUUUUGAAAUAGGCCCUGUUGAACCGAGAUUCUCAGAGUGGUUGGUAUUCGAAGGCAUAAGUGUUGAUGAGAGUGGAAGGCAGCACUUCCUUGAUGCAAGUGUUGCUUACAAGCGUGCAGUGCUAAAUGCCAUUGAUUACCUCUCUAAAUUUGGUUACUCCAAGGAACAGGUGUAUCUUCUGCUAUCGUGCUGCCCGUGCGAAGGAAGGAUUUCUGGAAUAGUUGAUGCUCCUAAUGCUGUUGCAACCCUGGCAAUUCCAACAGCUAUAUUUGACCAGGAUAUUCGUCCCAAAACAAGCAAGGUGCCUAUUGGACCACGGCUAGUUAGGAAACCAGAUGUCCUAAAAUGCACCUAUGAUGGAAAUUUGCCGAUCACAAAAAACCCUAGUGCCACGGCAUGACUUCGUUGAAGUGUUUGAAGGAAGAAGCAGAACUUUCAGGCUACAUAUCUUAUGCCAUAUUACAUGUGUCUACAAAUUAAUAACAUGAAUGCAUGUAUAUACAGAGAAACAAUCGAAGAUAUGACUUAAAGGCCUCUGAAUUCUGAUGAUCA